AUGCCUUCCUUAGUUUCCGCCAUUCUAGGUAGUUUCGCUGCUGCGCGGCCGCCGCCGCGCCGAGCCGGCGAGACUUUCGACGAGCAGCUCUCGCGAGCCUUUGGUGACUCCGAGGAGUCUCAAGGGUCACGGCAGCGUGGCCGCUACAAAACGUCUGCCACAGUGGCGCAGAGGAGGGAAUGGUUGAAAGCUCUGCAAACCCUGCGGGAGCAAAGGCAAGCUGCAGGCCACCAAGGCCUUGGGCCUGCGUUGAGUGAGUUCAUCUGGCGUGAAUGGCCAGCCACCAGAGAGAAUCGGCAAGAAUAUGAACGUGUCCGUAAAAUGUGCUACAACCUGCUGAAUGAGGAAACAUGGCGACGCCUGUCCACGCCAAAGGCGUUGGCCAGUCAAGGCAGUGACCGGAAGAGACGCAGGGUGUGUGGCGGAGGUCGGCGGCCUUUAGCUGAAGAUGUCAGCUUUGAGUUGUACCAGUGGUUUAUUGACACCGCAACUAGCAUGCAGCUAUCCAGAGUACAGAACAUCAAGGGCCGUGUGACGAGCCGCAUGCUGGAACUCCAGGCCAAAGUCAUCCUGCAAGACUUACAAGAAGUGCUACAGCUUCGACGCGAGGCUGGGGAGUGGGAUGGCGGAAUCGACGCUUUCCCGAAGAUCGAUCUGAACUGGGUCGCACGUUGGCGCAAGAGGCAGCGCGUCAGUUGGCGCUGCAAGACUGUGUGCUACAAAGUCAGCAGAGCUAAGCUCAAGGCUCGCCUCGGCGUACUCUGGCGGAACUGCAUACGACUUCUGGCGCUGCAUAGGCAUUUUUUCGGCCCUGACCGCCUCAGAUUUCGAUCCUACGAUCAAAAACCGAUGUGGUUUAACUCCGUCGGGUCCUCAAAAACCCUGGCUGUGAAAGGUGCAAAAGAUGUUGCGGUCAGAGAAAAUUUUCAUGCAACAAGAUGCCGGUUCACCGCGAUGACAAAAAGUGUCGACAAGGUGGCGUCCGAGACCAUGCAAGAUGUGCGUGCCAGAUCGUCAAACACUGGCGACCCCAGGUCUAUCGCCAUUCUGUUCAAGGCUGAUGAGGGCAGUCGCGUGAAAGCCGCCUUGGAGGUGCCAGAGGCCACCUUGGUGCAGACCGCGCCGAAGGGCAGCUACCGGGUGCCACAAGUGCUGGAGUUCUUGAAGUGGGACUUAGGCAAGCCAGGACGUGAUGAUGGCAGCCAGUGCGAGGUGGUGGUCCUGGACUGGUUCUCUGCCCACUUGGAUCCAGAAGUCGAUGCUCUCAUCAAGGAAAGGGGCCACGUCCCGCUGAAGUUGGGGGGCGGCUCGACGCCGUGGGUGGCUGUGUUAGACACUCAUUGCCACGCAGCCUUUCAGAAGAACUACGAAGCGGCCGAGCAACAUGAUGCCGCUGUGCAGUUGAGAUGCGGACGCACGCUUCCAUGCACAUCACGACAAACAGUCCUGACCAGGGCCGUGGCUUGCUGGAGAGACUUGAACCAUGCGCGGUUUUCAGAAGUCGGCUGGAAGGCUGAUGGCUUCACACUGGCCCUGGACGGCAGCGAAGACAGCUGCAUCUCCAGGGUGUGCCGCCCGUUCUGGGAGGAGCUCGAGAUGCCGCAAGUACGUGAACAACUUUUGCUAGAGGUUGCAGAGGCUGUUGAAAGUGGGCAAAUCCGCAGCUGGUGGCAGUACUCAGAGCUUCUGGAGGACUACGACGCACACGAGGGUCUUCAGGAAGGCCUCGAGUGCAACCCGGAGGCUUUGCUUGAGGAGCACGAGGACGCCGAAGCAGAGGAUGGUGCCGCGACUCCGCAAAACAUGUCUGACGAGGAGCUUCCCGAGGAGAGCGUUGCAGUUCCAUUGCAAGUGGACCCGGUCUCAGAGGCAAGCGCCCAGAUUGCCACAGAGAACGACGGGUCUCACAUGGAGGCCUUGCUGUCAAUGCGAGAGCAGGCCAAAGCAGUAGAGGACAUGGCCACGAUCCGCUUCCUCGACCAGCGCAUUGCAGAUGUGUCGAAGCUGCAGUCACGUCCAAGCUCUGGCAUAAGCGUUCAUCUCCGACAGAAGGCCAUCGAGAGAAAGCAACAGGAGGCGGCUGCGCGGUGUCAACAAGAAGCUGAACGCCAGCCCCUUCGUGCACUGCAGCAAGAAGAACGGACUGCCAAAAUGAAGCUAGAGGCAGCUAAAGCAGAGAAAUCUGUGGCACAAGCUUCUGCUCAGCAGAAACUGGAGGAAGCUCGUGCUGCUCGAGAAGCGUUGCAGGCAGCUGCAAAGCAAGCUGCUGAAGAAGAGCGUCUUUGUCGGUUGCAUUUUGCUGCCAGACUGGCGAAUCACGCCCUGUACUUUGCCAAGUGGAAGCCUUGCCAAGACGAGUUGCGUAAGCUGGAGACACUCCUUGCCCGAGCAUGUGCCGAAAAGCAGGGAGAGAAGACGCUGCCAGUCCCUUGCUUCUGGGAGAGAUGCCGCCGGGGUCUGAGUUGA